ACCUGGAUGCCAAGAUCUCCUCCAAACACCUCACCACCCUCAAGUCCACCUACCUCAAGCUGCGUUUCCUCAUCGACGUGGGCGUCAAGUUCGUGGGGCACGGGCUGCAGAAGGAUUUCCGAGUCAUCAACCUGCUGGUGUUAAAGGAGCAGGUGAUUGACACAGUGUACCUGUUUCACAUGCCCCGGAAGAGAAUGAUCUCCCUGCGCUUCCUUGCCUGGUACUUCCUGGAUCUGAAGAUUCAGAGCGAGACUCACGACAGCACUGAGGAUGCUCGCACAGCUCUGCAGCUCUACAGGAAGUACCUGGCGCUGAGCAGCAAGGGCAGCAGGCCGGAGGAGUUUCGCAAGGUGCUGAAAGGGCUGUACGAGAAGGGGAGGAAGAUCGACUGGAAGGUACCGGACUGCGAGGGGGGAGAGAACCAGAACAGUCCCAAGAAUACUGCCGUGUUCCCCUCUGUGAUGGGAAUGUGAGACCUGAAACUAGCAGGGGGACGUCCCAGAAACUGAGAGAACGACAUUUUAAAAUGGAUUUAUUCACCCAGAAACAUGACAAAGAGCAUUGCUGUGACCCAGCUGUUUACCAUGUGUAACUCCCUCCCAUUAAAACCACAGAGAGCAGUGUGCAUUGGCAUUAUGAACUCACUCAGAAUACGCCCAACUCAGAAUACGCCCCCGUAUUGUGGCUGGUUUGAAUGCCUGUGUGUCACGAUGACACACACAGGUAUGCAAAACCAAAGACCUGGCCUGUAGCAGAACUGCAACAAGCAAUUCUCCACCAAAUGCGUUUGUAUUGUAAGUAUUGAGUUGAUCACAGUGUCACACUGAAAGCUGCUAAAAUAAUACAUCUUACUGCCGCGUCUUCACUGUAUUGGUUUCACAUGAACAGUUUUCAAAGAAGCAUUUGCAGUUUCGUUGUGGAGUAAACCAGUUUGCAUGCCUCACUGAGAGCUAGUCUGUACACUUGCAUUUCCCAAGAUCCUCCCUGUCAUUCUUACCAAGACAUGCAAAGUGGACUUUUCAAAUAAAACAAAUAUGUUUGCUUUAGUGUUUGCUUCUUUCAGAACUGCGCAAAUAAGAUCAGCAUCGCAAAUGGAAGUGCACGGCAAGAUUGAAUUAUUUUAAUAGUCGGAACCCCUUCAAAUAUAUUUUCCGUGCUGUAGAUUUAGUAUCAGUACCAGUAAGAGUUAUUCCGUCUUUUGCAUUUUACUUGUGCGGCAGACCCUGACUACCAGUAGGUGACCCAGUUGCUUCAUGUGGGUAAUUUAUUCAGAUCUAAUUCCGCUGUGCACACGAUGGACAGCAGUGCCAGACACACACUGCCAGUAUUAGCUGGCGCUGUCAGUGUCCACCUGUCCAAGCAGCGGCUCUGCUUUUGGGGAAAGGGUGUAUAUUCUUAGACAGAACGUGUAUAUAGGGGCCUAUUUGCACUCAAUAACAAGAAAAUACAAAUUGUGAAUAUGAUUUUUUGUGAAAUAUGUUGUUUAACUUUGUAACAUGUGCAACAAAAUAAACGAGUUUGUUAUUAUGUGUUUGUAUAUAUCUUUUUUUGUUUUUUCCUCGCAUCCUCACAUUUGUAUUCCUGUAUCCGGCCGCAGUCCACGUUUUCCAAGUGGUAUUGACAGAGGAUACAACGCGGAUGGGUUCACUAUAUUUCAUGAACGAGCAAAGCCAAAUAACCCAGAGGCUUGUUUUUCCCGGCUGACCUUGUGAGUAAAAUAAGCAGAGCGC